UUUAUUUAUUUGAAAGAGUUAAACAGAGAGAGGAGGAGAUGCAGAGAGAGAGAGAGAGAGAGAGAGAGGUCUCCCAGAUGGCUGCAACGGCUGGAGCUGCGCUGAUCUGAAGCCAGGAGCCUCCUUGGGGUCUCCCAUGAAUGCAGGGGCCCAAAGACCUGAGCCAUCUUCUGCUUUCCCAGGCCUUAGCAGAGAGCUGGAUCGGAAGUAAAGCAACCAGGACUCGAAUCGGCGCCCGUAUAGGAUGCCGGCACUGCAGGAGGUGGCGUUACUGAUUAUGUCCCCACUAUCAUUUUUUAAUAGUUGCAUUGUGUCAUGUUUUGUGAAUUGUAAUCAAAGAAGUCUCUUGGGGAUAUUUAGGUUGUUCCCAACUUUUCUAUUAUAAACAAUAACAGAAAGCUUUUUUUAUACAGGUGUUCCUAUACUUUUCUUAUGGUUUCUUUUUGAUGAAUUCCUGUGUGUGUUAGCUUUGCUCUAACUGAAAUACCUGAGAGGACCUACUUAGGAAGGAUGGUGACAGUUUUGGAGGUUCACAGUUCAGGAUCAGCUGGCACCCUGGGUCUGGUGUCUGAUGAGGACAAUGGGUGGCAGAAUGAGGGUCACUUGGUGAGCCAGGAAGCAGAGAGAGAGAGCUAGGCUGAACUCAGCGUAACUAACCAACCAUCUCCCCAAGGGCACACCCCCCAGUGAGCUAAAGACCUCUACCUGGCCCACCUUCUAGACAUAAUGGUCGUAUCAAGUCUCUACCUGUCAUCCAUCAACCAUUAACAUUGGUUAGCAAUAAUCCAUUGGCCAGUAACAAUAGGGCUUUGGGGUUUAGACCCCUGAUUGAAUUAGGUAGUCAAAUUCUGUUCAAACUGUGACAAAGAGGAAUUAGGUAUUUGGAGGUUAAGUACAUUUUCAUACUUGCCAUGCUGUAUGUGUGUUUUUCUAUACCCUUAAGAACUUCAUUUGCUUUAAAAACUUGUAUACGGAUAUGCUGUGUAACAAAUAUUUUCUAAUAGUUUUUUUUUUUUUUAAUUGUUUAAAAGGCAGAAGAAUAUGAUGGGGGAGAGACAGAAAGAGAUCUUCCAUCUUCUGGUUCACUCUCCAAAAUGAGUGGUCCAAGCUGAAGUCAGAAGUCUGGAGCUCCAUCUGGGUCUCCCAGUUGGGUGACAGAUGCCCAGGUGCCUAGGCGGUCAUUGCUGCCUUCCCAGACGUGAUGCAUCUGUGGCCUUGGACAUGAAGCAGUCCACCGUGUGUUGCUGUUGCCACAGGGCCAGGGACUGACGAGGGAAGCAUGGCCCUCAUGAAUGGGCAGGCAAGCAGCGUCAGCCUUGCAGCCACGGCUUCCGAGAAAAGUAGCAGCUCUGAGUCAUUGAGUGACAAAGGUUCCGAACUGAAGAAAAGCUUUGAUGCUGUGGUAUUUGAUGUUCUUAAGGUCACACCAGAAGAAUAUGCGGGUCAGAUAACACUAAUGGAUGUUCCAGUAUUUAAAGCUAUUCAACCAGAUGAGCUUUCAAGUUGUGGAUGGAAUAAAAAAGAAAAAUACAGUUCUGCACCAAAUGCUGUUGCUUUCACAAGAAGAUUUAAUCAUGUAAGCUUUUGGGUUGUUAGAGAGAUUCUUCAUGCUCAGACAUUAAAGAUUAGAGCAGAAGUUUUGAGUCACUAUAUUAAAACUGCAAAGAAACUGUAUGAGCUGAAUAACCUUCACGCACUUAUGGCAGUGGUUUCUGGCUUACAGAGCGCCCCAAUUUUCAGGUUGACUAAGACAUGGGCGUUACUAAGUCGAAAAGACAAAACUACCUUUGAGAAAUUAGAGUAUGUAAUGAGUAAAGAGGAUAACUACAAAAGACUCCGAGACUAUAUAAGUAGCCUAAAGAUGACGCCUUGCAUCCCCUACUUAGGCAUCUAUCUGUCAGAUUUAACAUACAUUGAUUCAGCAUACCCAUCAACUGGCAGCAUUCUAGAAAAUGAGCAAAGAUCAAAUUUAAUGAAUAACAUUCUUCGGAUAAUUUCUGAUUUACAGCAGUCCUGUGAAUAUGAUAUUCCCUUGUUGCCUCAUGUUCAAAAAUAUCUGAACUCUGUUCAGUAUAUAGAAGAACUGCAAAAGUUUGUGGAAGAUGAUAAUUACAAGCUUUCAUUAAAGAUAGAACCAGGGACAAGCACACCACGUUCUGCUGCCUCCAGGGAAGAUUUAGUAGGUCCCGAAGUGGGGGCAUCGCCACAGAGUGGGAGGAAGAGUGUGGCCGCUGAAGGAGCCUUGCUACCACAGACACCCCCAUCCCCACGGAAUCUGAUUCCACAUGGACAUAGGAAGUGCCAUAGCUUGGGUUAUAAUUUCAUUCAUAAAAUGAACACAGCAGAGUUUAAGAGUGCAACAUUCCCAAAUGCAGGGCCAAGACAUCUGUUAGACGAUAGCGUCAUGGAACCCCAUGCACCGUCUCGAGGCCAAGCUGAAAGUUCUACUCUUUCUAGUGGAAUAUCAAUAGGUAGCAGUGAUGGUUCUGAACUAAGUGAAGAGACCUCAUGGCCUGCUUUUGAAAGGAACAGAUUAUACCAUUCUCUCGGCCCGGUGACAAGAGUGGCACGAAAUGGCUAUCGAAGCCACGUGAAGGCCAGCAGUUCUGCAGAAUCAGAAGAUUUGGCAGUGCAUUUGUAUCCAGGAGCGGUUACUAUUCAAGGUGUUCUCAGGAGAAAAACUUUGUUAAAAGAAGGCAAAAAACCUGCAGUAGCAGCUUGGACAAAAUACUGGGCAGCUUUGUGUGGGACACAACUUUUUUACUAUGCUGCCAAAUCUCUAAAGGCUACAGAAAGAAAACAUUUCAAGUCAACGUCAAAUAAGAAUGUGUCUGUGGUCGGCUGGAUGGUGAUGAUGGCUGACGACCCGGAGCACCCGGACCUCUUCUUGCUCACGGACUCUGAGAAAGGAAAUUCAUACAAGUUUCAAGCUGGCAAUAGGAUGAAUGCGAUGCUGUGGUUUAAGCAUCUGAGUGCAGCCUGCCAAAGUAACAAACAACAGGUUCCUACAAACUUGAUGACUUUUGAGUAGAAGCUGAGAAAGAAGAGAGGUGCCCUGUGCUCCUCCGUGAGAGCCGGGACCUGAUGAGUGAGCGCCAGCUGUAUACCAUCCUGUGCCAGGGAGAGCUCGGGGGCUCAGCCCAGCCUGUGGAGUUCUGAACCAAAAAAGCACUAAUUUCAGGGAAUGAAGUGAGAUAUUCCCAGAAAACAAACUGGAGUCACAGAACAAACUGCCAUGAACCAUGCUUCUUAUCUGAACUGACCUGUGGAAACCACUGCCUUAAAGAAUGAAAGGAAAACCAACAUGCAACACCAAAUAGUGUGUGUGGAUCUCUGGCGGUGCUGUGCUUGAGUAGAUCGUAGCGAAUUUGCAUUUAUUUUAACUUUGUACUAAUUUUGGAGGGGGGGGAUCACCUUUUUUUAGAUACACUUAAAACGGAAACCUAUUUCUUAUGGAUCACAUCAGGAGCUGGUUUUGAACUGUGGUGAAGAGAGAAUUCAGUAGGGGUGGUGACACCAGCAGCCCGCCUCUGGCGAUUGGCAGCCUCACCUGUUCUCUCCCAAGAGAACAUAGGAGUUAGACACGCUCAUAAUGUGAGUCGUUGGGGUUGGGGCGGGGGUGGGGAGGAGGGGAGUUUAUUUUGUUGAACACUAAACUUCCAGAAUUCAGUACUGUAUAGGGAACAUUGCUUCUUGCCGAAGUGCAAAGGCUGAGCUGUUCACAUGCCAGGGGGUUUAAAAGUAGGCCGUUCCUAACUGGGGCUAAAGUGAGCCAGCCCAUCGCUGGAGCGCAGAACAUGGGGAAGGACUGUAACCCCAACCUCAGACUCUUUAUUUCAAGUUAACUGUGUUAGCCCUUCUCCCUUUCACAAGUUGCUUUUGGUGUUAAGGCUACAUAUUGACAUUUUGUCAGGGUAUUUUCUUUUACAGUGUUUCAUGUGCAUAAUGCCAGAGUUAUUUUUUUAUUACUCAUCUGUGUUUUGGUUCAGUAUGAGAUUCAAGAUCAUAUUUGUUUAAAAGAUUCCACAUACAUACGUAAUGUGUGUAUUUUAUCAUAAGACAUAGAAAUAAUUUUAAGAGGAAUAAAAGUUGAGAUCCUGGGAAUUUUAAGUAUUAGAAUUUUCCUCUUUAUAUGGCUUACCAUAAACACACCAAAUUUUUAGGAAACCCUACCAUAAUAGGUCCCUGGCGUGAAACCACAUUUUGUCAGUCAUUUGCCUAGUUGUUUUGUGAGGGCUCUUCAUGCGGAAAUGUAUUUCUAAGUUAAAUGUUGGGUUACCAAAUCAAAAGGCGUGAAGGUGAGAUACCUUCGAAUUUUGACAAAAGAUGGCGCUUGAACCAAGACAAUGUGUUGAACGUUAUAAACUCUGGGCACAUUAUAAAUUUUAGCUGUGACCAGAGUCAGAAAUACUUUUUGACUGGUAACUGCUAAUAGACUUCUUUUACUUUGGACCUCACAUAAAAUUUCCCAUAUUUGUAUUCUUAGAGAAUUUCAUGCUGUUUUUGAUCAUAAGUAUUUUGCCCUUGAGUCCAUGAAACUCAAAUAGAAAAUAUUGUCUAUACAAUACUUAGCUGAAAAAAAUUCAAAGGAAAGUAGAAGAGCUUUUUCUUAGUAUUAAGUUUUUAAAUUUAGUUUUCUACUUGGAAAAGAGAGGUUAAGAAUUCAAAUUUGUUUCUCAUACAAUAGUUAGAAAUACCAUUACUUCUGGGUUUUGGUGAUAUAGGCUGGAAAGGGCAAAAUGUUCCUUGUGCAGAAUGGUUUUUCAGUUAAUGUUCUGAGCUUAACCCAUGUUGGGUCCAUAGAAAGGUACCAUCUGCAUAGCCAGCAGUAUUACUCUGUGUAGACUUGCACAUUUUUACUUUUGUUUUGCAUUUUAAAAAAAAUUCUUUGAUUUGUUUAUUUCUGUUUGGAAAUAGCAUUUUAACAGUAUAUGUACUUUUUAAAAAAAAAAAAAAAAACAUUGUGAAUGAGACCCUGUGGAUUUUUUUGUUUGUCGUAAAUAAGCUAAAGUAGGUAUGUUUUAGGUGUAGUGUAUCUGCAGAGGUAUGCCACUGGAAGUAGAGCGUGACAUCUCACAGUUUUGCCAAAGAGAGAAAGCUCAGAUGGAAGAUGUGUUUGAUGUUUUCAGCUCUAACCAUUCAUGGCUACUUGACUAGAGUAACAGUAGUGUUCACGUGUGGUGAGCAGUCUCCAGGCAGAGCUGUGGCCUGUGACUCACUGAAGCUCUUAGCAGUGCCGUAGAAGUCAUCAUUGCUUUUUCUCCAUUCAAAAGAUUGGUUAGUGCUUUUUAAGAUUGUUUUAUCCUUUAGGCAAAUAGAAACCACUAAGAGAAAUGACCUAAAAUAGUAUGGGUGAGUUUUUGAUCUGUAAUUCAGUAAAUUAUAUCUGACAAUAAUUCAAGCAAAAAAGAAUAUUUAGUUUACUCAUCAGAAGAUGAAUCUUCUUAUUAAACCUACUACCCUUAAUUGUAAAUUCAUGACUCAAAAGCUCAAAAUUACUGUCAACAUCAAACUCGUGUUUCUUCCCAAACCAAGAAAUUUAAUUGUAGAUUAAACUUAAGCUGAUUUGUGAUAAGCAUAUAACAGUUGGCAUGCUAUAUGGCCUGUGUAGUAAUAUAUAAAAUUAGCCAACAAACAAUUUGAGGCGAAUCUCCUUUAACAGUGUUUUUGAACGUGGAGGCUUGGUUUUCAUGUGGAAGUAACAUAUCGGUUCCUUAAACCUAGCUCCACCACCACCCGUAGAAUGCCCUUCAGAGCACCGUGUUUGGUUUCAUGCCUUCUUUGUGUUCAGGCCCUGCUUAGCUCUCAAAGAAUUAUUUUCAGCGUAACUUCUGAACUGUAUGAAUUUAAGAACUGAUCACACCUUCCUAUUCAUUUUCUUCCCUAUGUAAAUACUACUUUUUUAAACAUUGCAAAAAGGGAUCCAAAAUUUUGAGGUUUUGGUAUUUUUUUUUUCUUCCGUAGGCAUGUGCUUCGAUGGCAAUUUGUUUUUCUGUGUGGAAAAUACCAUUUAUUUAUUGUACCACCUGUAUGGACUGACUGUGUUGGUAGUGGGUCUUUCUGUUGUAUCAAGAAUCAAGAAUCAGGGUGUUUAUAGCUUCAAAGUUUUAUAAGUGGCAUUUUUUUUUCUCCUGUAAGAUUUAUAAAGGAGCCCAAGAAGCACUAAUGUGAGAGCAGGCAAAGAAGAAUGGAAAAGAUGUUGACACUGUGAGAGUGUCAGUGCCGGUUGAAACGGGCCCUGUAAAAGCAGCCUGUUGAUCUCUUAGGAUGAUUAAUUAGAAUUUCACUGGCCAAAGGAUUUGAGUAUGGCCUUUUUUUUUUCCUUUCUAAGGUUAAAUAUGUAAAGUAUAUACAUUUACUACUGGAAAAAAAACUGUUAAGGCAUUAUAUUAGUUGGAAAUAAAUAAUAUUAGCAGAUUUAACCCAUUGCUUUUUAAUGGAUAUAACCACUGUUGCUCUGCUUCUGGGUUCGGAUUUUUUUUGGUUGUUUUGUUUUUUGUUUUUUUGUUUUUGUUUUUGUUUUGUUUUGUUUUGUUUUGUUUUGUUUGAGGCACAUUCCUUUAUACCCAGCUUUUAAAUUAUCUUCUGCAAACAAGGGGAUAACAGUGUUGCUUAACGGAAGAUAAUAUUUCGUGAUAGAAACCCUCAGCCUCAGAGGUUACCAAAAUAAUUGGAUCCCUUUUUGGAAACGGAGGUGACUCAGCUGUGAGCCAGUAGCAGUGGUACUGCUGUUGUGUGAGAUGGAGAACAAGCGAGGAGGCCAUCUGACUUCUCUAGGGACUUCAGGCUCUGCUUCUAUUUUCCAUCUCUUUUGCAUUCUCUCUUUCAAACAUAGUAAAUUUAUGAUUUUACAGCCAGAGUGGUAUUCUUUUUUGUUUAAGAUGCAAAAAAAAAAAAAAAAAGUUUGAGCGCACUGAUGACGAAUUGCUUUCCACAUGAACCUUUUCAAAAUAAGUACCUUUUGGUUUUGCCCCCUUAAAAAUGGCUUGUGGCUUUGGAGAGUUACAGUGAAUAAGGAAGCUGUGGAAGCAAACUCAUGAAGCUUAUUUGAGAGCAAUUUCAUUAUGUUUGUGUCCCAAGUUGUCAGGUGGGGAAGAUUUGGUCAGUGCCUUAUCAAUUUGAAGACCAAGUAUAGGGCAUCGAGUAUUACAAGAAUCACUUGCCCUCUUGCUCCUCUUAUUUCGGGAGUGUGUGCUAUCCGUCUCCCCCAGCUUCGUGUUUUCUCACAGCGUGUGUCAGAAAGUGUGCAAAUGCCUGUAGGGGAUUGGUGCAGGCCUUCUUGACUUUGGUCUUUUUAAACAAGCUCCCUCCCUGCGUCUCCCCUUUCUUGGUAGGAGAUUCAAAAUAAACCCACGCUCAACUCAGCCCCUAACAACUCUAAAGAGCGUUCGUGCAGCUGAGGCUGUUUUUUAUUUUGUUGUGUGUGUUUUUGUUUGUUUUGAGCAUCGACCUAAUGAUAAGGCCUUUUGGAAAAUCCCUAAAUGAGUAAGAAAUGCAUACAGCCAGAAAGAUUUAUUAGGAUUUUAUUAAAGCUACAGAAGUCUUGUACGGAAGAGCCCCUUUGACCACAGUGAGGUGUUUUGCAGUUCAUUCUUCCGUUUAAGACAAUGAACAAGCAAUCAGUUAUCCUGUUCAUUGUUGUUUCUCUGAAAAUGUUAUGCUAAUGAGUGAAAACAACUCCAGUGUAUGAAGUAAAGGAAGGUAAGAGGCUAAGCUUGUGAAAGCAACAUUUGGGAAUACCUUGCUUCUCCGAGAUUACUGUUGGAAGACCUAGGUUAAGAUGCUGGUUUCACGUUUUUAAACAGGCUACUACUGUGCCUCACAGUGCUCAAGUGGACCCAGUCUGUAGAGCCAACUGAAAACGGUUAGCUGGUCCUUGAGGGCUGUUAGCAGGAUUUAAAUUUGAUUCCAGCCAUUUGGACUGCAAAGUGAUGGCAGGAGUAAAACAAUACAUAGAAUGCUUUGGGAUUGAACUUUCUUUCCUUGAUAGAAAAAGAGGACUAUAAAUAACUAGAUGUUAGAUACCAGGUAACAAUAAAUUUUCCCUGAGAAUAUCACCUCUAGGACUACUCACAAAUACAGUCCAGUAACUCUUGACUUAGUAGAUAAGAUCAAAUAGCUGACAAUAUGUCACCCACCCGUCAAGAGCGUCAAUGCCUUGCUACGGACAAAUUCAUAGUUUUAUGGCCUGAUGAAGGGUAUUUUUAUGGGAAGGGGUGGGGAACUGGUUCGCAGCAUGGUCUGAAGGAAAUCCAACUCCUGUAGGGAUAAGUACCCAAUGAGAGUAAUACACAGGGACACACAAGCCAUUUUAAUCUGUACCCAGCGAACUUGGGGCGCUCUGUGAUUGCACUAUGACCUCCUUGAGCGACGUGCAGCUUGGUUUCUCCCGCACUUUCUGUUUCUUUUUAAUAUGCAAUUGUGAGUGUGCGAUCUUCAGUGUGUUUGCAUAAGCUAACUUAAAAUGAACUUAAGUACAGUUUUCUGAAAUAUUUCUAUUGAAAUAAAUGACUUAAAAUUA